GCAUUUCGGACGGCGACGAGUAAACAAUGAUGCAAACAAAGCCCGCUCGUCCAUCCUAGUCCCCCGUAGUCGAGACUCGCCCAGAAAAAUAUUGGGAAAUUCCUGCUACGUCUCUGGUCAACGGUGUACACUACCGUAUACUGACUACCGCCCUAGCCGGCCGCAUCAAUAAUUCAUACAUGCUUAAUUCGUUGGUUUGCUUUGCUGCACAAUCGUUAACCACCUUUUUCGGCCGGCCGACUCGAACAGACCUGACUCCUACCGGCUCCUGCACCGUCUUCCGAGACUCGAGGCCGCGUGACGCCUUGGCGCAUUAUACGUCGCAUCACCCAGAAAAAUCGAUUCAGUCCUCUUUUCGACCUUGUGAUAUUUCACAUAGAGCUGUAUCUUCGGCCCCGCGAAUAUUUUCGGCGUCUCAGAGGCGUAGACGUCGGUUAGCAUAGGUCUGUCCGGACGAUUAGGCCCGGAGGCCAGCUACCUAGGGAUCAUCAUGUAUUCUCUAAAUCUUUUCAACAGAGGCAGAACUCGAACGAAUACCAUUGAUUUGCCGAAACAAGCUCGCGAGAAUGUACUCAAAUUGGACAAUCCAGCAGCAAAGGCCGAGGAGCUCUCCAAAGUACUCAACCAAAUGAAGCUCAUACUCCAGGGUACACAUGACUCUGAAAGCAACCCGGACCAAGUUUUCCAUCUCAUCGAAGGCAUUAUCAACGAAGACCUGUUACAUCCCCUGGCCGCUAACCUCCACAAGCUACCGUUCGAAUCCCGGAAGGAUGCCCAGUUCAUCUUCUCUUCUGUUUUUCGCUUUCGCCCAGCAUCGGCCUCAACCAAGAGCGACCCGGUUGCCCUUGGUUGGGUGGUCAACCAACGACCCCAGGUGCUGCUGGAACUGUGUAGAGGAUACGACCACAAGGAGAGUGCUACGGCCGCUGGCUCCGUGCUGAGGGAGGUGUUGAAGCACGAGGGUGCUUGCAAAGUUAUACUAUACGAUGACGGCGACCAGCCAGGCUCCAGUGUUAAUGGCGUCCAGGCAAUUGACAGAGAUAGGCCACAAAGCGGAACUGGCGUUUUCUGGAAGUUUUUUGACUGGAUCGACAGGGGAUCCUUUGAGGUUUCUGCUGAUGCCUUUACAACUUUCAGAGAAAUUCUCACAAAACAAAAGGAGGUGGUGCCACACUAUCUCCGAGUCAACUUCGACCUCUUCUGCAGCAAGUACAACACCGUUUUAGUCCAGUCUAGCAGCUAUGUGACCAAGAGACAGUCCAUCAAGCUGCUGGGAGAGAUAUUGUUGGAUCGCUCCAAUUACUCGGUAAUGACCGAGUACGUAGCCUCGGGCGAGCACCUCAAAAUUUGCAUGAACUUGUUGCGUGACGACCGCAAGAUGGUACAGUACGAGGGUUUUCACGUCUUCAAGGUGUUUGUGGCCAACCCAAACAAGUCGAUUCCCGUGCAACGUAUUCUCAUCAUGAACAAGGACAAGCUCCUCAACUUCCUGUCCCAUUUCCUCGAGGAUCGCACCGAUGACGAGCAAUUCAUCGACGAACGAGAAUUUCUUAUCAAACAGAUUCGCAAUAUGCCUGCUUCGCCUGUGCCACCUCAGGGGAGGUGACUGAUGACAAGGAUCCCGACGAGUUCAGAAAUCGAUUUCACUUUUUUAUCGGCACGGUUUCGAGGCUUGGCAGGGGCUUAGCUACAACUAUACUUUCUGCUGGUAUUUUUUUCCAGCCCUGCUGUGCGGCCACCAGAUGCAAAGCCAAACCUCCGAUACGACGUCAGGCAAGGGGAGAGGCGAGAGGCGAGAGGAAGGGAUGAAUCAUUGGAUGAGCACAUGCAUCUGCUUUUGAGCAGCCUGGAUGACGACAACGGAUGAGCAGCUCAAAGAAAUUGAGUUUUCUUCGAUGACUAAUGAACGAGAUGGGUCGCGAGGGGUACAAUACCUGUACCUAGGCUGCUAUUGGAGCAUGUCGAGGACAAAGGUUUAAGGGGGACAGGUGUAUUGCUAUUAGCGUAAGCGACAAAGAUCCCGCGGAGUAAAUAACGAUCUAGAUAGUUAGAUGCCAUUAUAAAGAGUAACAGGAUCUUAGCAGGUCACUAUGCAGUGUCAAGAGUCAAAGAACGGAGGGGCCUCCGCCAACUUGUUACCUAUUAUAGCCCUGAGCUAAUGCAAGGACACUCUAAAAAGUAGGAAGAUAG